GGGCGAGCACAAUAUUUAUUAGUGCUUUCACGGUCAACCGCUCAACAAUAUUGACUUCGAUGGGCUUACUUAUAGAUUUUUGCAAUUUCACCAGUAUUUAUAGAUUUUUGUGAUUUAAAUAGCUUUCUUUCAAAGCAGUUUUUGAGUUAUGGAAAAAGGUUUAUGAGUCAAUAAAUAACAAACAUCACCCAUACACCUUUUAUUUUCCAUAAAUGAUUAUCAUACCAUUGUGUUUAGCGGGCAAAGAGGUAAUAACUUUCAAAUCUUUGCAUCCCAAACGUAAUGUAGUCGUUUUCGAUAUUUUUAACUCACAGCCCAAUACAGAUACAGGAAUGAUGGCAUGAAAAUCCAUGCAGUGCCUUCUUCGAACGGAAUCGCACCGUUAUGUGCGAUAUCUACCUUCCAUUCUUCCUUCGUAUCGAGCAAGCAGCUGUAUCAGACAUCAGCAUCGAGAAAGAUUGCUGUCUGCUAGCUGGAGCGAGACUGUGACUUCAAUAAUGAUUAGCAUGGCUUGAAUAACGGAGACUUUCAAAUUUCUCAGUUCAUCCUCCUCUAGCAUUGAAAAGGCCAAUUUGGGAAACUAAAGUAACCUCUCGGCCUCGAGACUGGCCAUUUGAAAAAACUCGUUCCCGUCUAGUCGCUAGCUGGAUGACUGAUGAAUCGUGAAUGCUAUGUAAUAGCGAAUAGCUUGUUUAUAUUCAAUAAAUUGAAGAGGAGCGGAGCUUAAAUUGCAAUAUUUUCUCUAUCCUCAUUGUCCCUAGAAAGAACGCUGCAUUUGCUAUUUCUAUUUCAUAAUAACGUGUCCUGCUUUCUCAUUUUUCUGAAAUAUGUAAUCAUUUCUGAGGUUUUCGUUAUUGUUACACAUACAAAAUAGUUUAAAAUAAGUGGUAACCCCAGACGGGCCAAUCUGAAGAGCCCAGCGGAACACUUCAGCAGCAGGUUGAAUAUAGCUGUCCUAGGCUAUGAACGAAUGUAUGUAAGAUUUCAGAAAAACCAAUAGAUCGCCUCCCCUGCAAGCAUGACAUUGUGAAAACACCUUUGAACACCACCAUACCACCGGGGAGAACCGUGUCGCUUCCAUUCGGCGCACUCUUGUGUGUGUAUAUACAGUAGGAAUCCAUUUCCAUUGCGCAUUACUUUCUUUUCACACCACUGAACAUCAAUUCUAUCGAUGCUGGACGCGGAGCGGCUAAACAAUGCACACAUUUGAAAAACGAGAAAAGAAGCAAACAUAAAUAGUCAUGAGAUGAAAAAGCCGCGCAUGCAAAGCAAACAAAAAAACUAGUUGUUAUAUAAUAAAUUCAAACUAAUGAAAUUGAACGUUUCUCUAUGAUCAGCAGAAGAAACAAGAAACGACAAAACUUAGGAGAAAAAAAAACAUAUUAAUAAAUUUGGAUAAAAGCGCGCAGUGUAAAAAAGAUAAGUGCAAGUGAUUGAUAAUUGAUUGUGAGAGAGAUGUCUGUUAUGUUACGUUGUUCAAUAAUUAGUAUUUUUUUUCCAAAGUGAGCACACCCAUUACUAUUCUGUGCUUACUUCUGUUCCGUUUUCAUUUCGUUCAUUUGUAUUUAAGUAUAGCUGUAGAUAACUCUUAAUUUUGUUUUCUCAAGACAAACCAUAACUAUAAGAGGAAGAAGAAGAAAAAAACAGUGCUCAGUUUGGUAGGAAAGUCGUGAAAGGGUUUUAUAUUUGUAUAGUGUGUUAUAUUACUUUGGUUUCACGAUUUCAUAUCUAUAUCUAUCUCUAAUACAGUGUGCGAUUCAUGCUCAUAUGCUCGAGGGUGACAGAGAUUAAGCAAAAUGAGAAGGAGACAUGCUUUUAUUUAUUACUUUUGUACAAUUCUUCUAUCGUUAGCUAACCGGAAACCUUUUUGAUUAUCUUCAGUUUUUCUCAGAAUUUGUGCGAGGAAGAAUUAUGCGAAGAUUCUAAUGAACAGAAAAAAAACUUGAUUGUACUGCCAAUCCAAAAUAGAGGAACAAAAAAUUUAGGUGAUGAAAACUGAAGUACCGUUAGGAGUGACGCACGAUUUUUUGAAUUGUGAACGAACGAGAUGAAUUGUUUGAUUUAUUCUGAUGGAAAUGAUGGGGGGUUAGGCAAGAUAUUUUUUUUUCUAGCCACGGCUAACACGGCUUCACUAUAUGGAAGAAUUUUUGUUCUCUCUGAACCAAAAGACGAGUAGUUGAAGAACACAGCGCCCCAUCAAAAAAGAUAUACGCAACGCUCUGCGAGUUAGCAAACGUGAAUAGGAUAAUUAAAUGAAAAAAAUUACCAAUCAA